AUGGAAAGGGCCAACAGCAGCUCCUGGGAGGGUUUCAUUCUGAUGGGUGUGUCUGACUACCCCCAGCUGGAGAUGAUCUUUUUUGUAGGCAUCCUCUUCUCCUACUUGCUGACCUUGUUUGGGAACUCGGCCAUCAUCCUGCUUUCCAGCCUGGAUGCCCGGCUCCACACACCCAUGUACUUCUUCCUCAGCAACCUCUCCUCCGUGGACCUUGCCUUUACUACUAGCUCAGUCCCCCAAAUGCUGAUCAAUUUGUGGGGAGCAGACAAGACCAUCAGCUACGGUGGCUGUGUGACCCAGCUCUAUGUUUUCCUCUGGCUAGGGGUCACGGAGUGCAUCCUGUUGGUGGUGAUGGCGUUUGACCGCUUCGUCGCGGUGUGCCGACCCCUGCACUACACCACCAUGAUGAAUCCUCAGCGCUGCUGGCUGCUGGCUGCCAUUGCCUGGUUGGGUGGCUUAGGCAACUCUGUGGUCCAGUCAACAUUCACUCUGCAGCUCCCUUUGUGUGGGCACCGGAGGGUGGACAGCUUCCUGUGUGAGGUGCCUGCCAUGAUCAAACUGGCGUGUGUUGACAAGAGUCUCAAUGAGGCUGUGCUCAACAACGUCUGCAUGUUCUUCACUGCUGUCCCACUGAGCAUCAUCCUGAUCUCCUACUGCUGCAUAGCUCAGGCGGUGCUGAAGAUCCGCUCAGCUGAGGGGCGGAGAAAGGCCUUUAACACAUGCCUCUCCCAUUUGGUGGUGGUGCUCCUCUUCUAUGGCUCAGCUAUCUAUGGGUAUCUGCUUCCAGCCAAGACCAACAAGCAGGACCAGGGCAAAUUCAUCUCCCUCUUCUACUCUGUGGUCACACCCAUGGUGAACCCUCUCAUUUACACUCUGAGGAACAAGGAGGUGAAGAGGGCGCUGAGGAGGCUGCUGGGGAAGGGAAGAGAAGUCAGCUGA